AUGGUCUCAAAGGCUUGUUUUGUUACGACGAUAAACUUGCUCUUAGAAAUAUGAAGUAUUCAACGUACUCUAUAAAAUGAACCAUUCGAUCAUGAUACAGAGGGAGGGAUUAUCGCAAGGAGAGCCCUAAAAACGGAUGAAGAAGGCGACGAUUAUGUCCAACGGUGAUACGGAGGACUACUCCCUCUGGAGAAACCUUCCACCGGAAAUUGUAGCCGACAUACUCUCACGACUACCAGUCAAAUCCCUCUGCCAAUUAAAGUGUGUCUCUCCCUUUUGGAGUUCCUUAAUCUCUUCCCCCUUUUUCGCCAAAACCCAUCUCAAACGAAACCCCCCAAGUCAAAAAACCCUCGUCGUUUGCGACUCUGAAGAUCUCUACUCCGUUGAUUUCGCCGACAAAAAUCCAGCCGCAAAAAAGCUUAGAUUUCCCCUUGGUCCAAUACUCCCACAAGUGGGUCAAGGUUUUGGUUCCUGCAAUGGCUUGCUUCUUGUUUAUGACCAAGGUUAUUCCCCAUUCCUUUUGAAUCCAUCCACUAGAGAACGUAAGAUGCUGCCCCCCUUACCCUUCUUUUAUUUUGAAUUUGGUUCGUGAGCCGUUCAUUUUUCUACAUGGUUUUGGUUAUGACUCGUCUACGAAUGAUUACAAGGUUGUGAUGCUCUCUUGCACUUAUAUUAACUUUGAUUCUAAAUCCUAUGGCAACGGUGAUGCUAAUAUUACGUAUGUGGUAGUCUAUUCACUGAAAACUGAUGCUUGGAGGAGAAUUCAAGAUUCCCAUUAUCAUCCUUUGAGAUGUCCUUCUGGGGUUUACUUUAAUGAGCGUCUCCAUUGGCUUUGUAAGAGGAGUGGUGGUUCGGAGGGUUCUUUAGUUAUUGUUGCUUUCGAUUUGUCAGAUGAGAUUUUCUGGAAAGUGCAGUUGCCUACUUUGUUUAGUUAUUCCAAGAUUUUGUAUCAUCACAUGGCAGUUCUUGGGGGUUGUCUUUGUGUGAUUGUCUGCCUGCCUAGUUUCUUUAAUGAAGUUUGGAUGAUGAAGGAGUACGGGGUAAGAGAAUCAUGGACCAAAUUUACGAUUAAUACUAAGAUGUUGUUGGUAGAUUUUUUGUGUUUUUUGGCAGAGGACGAAAUUUUGUUGAAAACCGAAGGAUAUGUACGGGAGGAAGUGAACCAAGAUAAAUUGGUUGUGUACAAUCUGAAAAAGAAAACACUGAGGGACAUGGUGGUUCAUGGCAUUCCUCUUAAUUGUGAAUACGGGUGCACCUAUGUCGAGAGCCUUGUCUCUCCUAAUCAUGGAGGAGGGAUUGGGAGAAAUGAAUGAGAAACUUCUUCAGUUGUGUUUGGCAUCUGACUUUUGGUGGCUGCAAGGUAAACAUACCUUCCAUAUCUCGCAUCACCUCACGUAUAGUGUUGACUAUGGAGCUGGCUUGUUCAAAUGUGGUUUCAGAACUUAACAGGUAUCAAAACGUGAUAUUGGAGACAGUUGGAAAUUAUUCAACUUCUCGUGGAGAGUGUGGGGACUUUUGUGGGCGCUUGGUUGGUUCAUACUCCAAGAGUGGUUUGUCAUGGAAGUUACGUUUUGGUGACUGGUAUUAGAUGUUGUGUCUUGUGUAGUCUUGACCUAAUCUUUACAUCCUUCUUGUUGUUUAGUUCUUUAGUUUCCUCCAUUAGUUGUCAGUGUGUGUUCUUAAAUAUGACUUCUUUAAAUGAUAAAUGAAGCUCUUUUGUCU